AUUGUACACUACUACAUAAAUUGCUUAAAUAAAUAAAUAAAGUUGCAGAACAUUAAGAACAGUGUAUGUAUUGAAGAUAGCCUAAUCAACACAUGAAAACGGACUGAAGCUUUCUUUUUGACUGCUUCUGAAGCCUUUCACAGUACGGAGGACAAAACCCCAACCCUUUCCUGAGCAUGGAGAAAGGCUCCCUUCUGGGAUUGGUUUGCAUUUUGGAGGUACCCAGAGAAGAAGUAAGAAGGCUUGGGGCAGUAUCCAGUACAUUUGUUCCAUUAAUUCAAGGAUUUACACUUGCACAAUGAAAUUAUGGCCUCCCCAAAACAUUCUAGACCGUUGGGAAGAACCACCAGAACAAUUUUGGAGGGCACAGAGGAGAACUGAGCAGAGUUUCAUUGCACACACAAAAAAUCCUUGCGCUAAUGACAUUAAUUUUAUAUUAUUGCCUUGACUGCUUCUGGAAUUCAGAGUAAAGGGAGGAAAAAUCAUUUUGUGGACCACAUCUUUGUGUAGACGAACAGUAAGCCCUAACAAAACUCAGCUCCUGCUGUGCUGUUAGGAAGGCAGGUUAGAAAGAAAAAAUCUUGGCAGAUAAUCCAUGUCUUUCAUCAGAUCAAAAUGAAAUCUUUCUCUAGAGUACCAUGCACUGGAUUAAAUGAAACAACCUUUCCCUGUUUUUGUCUGCAGUGAUAAAGGAAUGAAGCACAUGGUUGGCAAGAACUGGCGAGACCUUUUCGACAUGGUCAUUGUUCAAGCAGAUAAGCCGAAUUUCUUCACUGAUAGACGCAAACCCUUCAGGAAAAUGGAUGAAAAAGGUUCACUGCACUGGGAUAAAAUAAGCAAACUGGAAAAGGGGAAAAUUUACAAACAGGGCAAUCUGUUUGAUUUUCUGCGGCUAACAGGCUGGCGUGGGUCCAAGGUCCUUUAUUUUGGUGACCAUUUGUACAGCGACCUUGCAGAUCUCAUGCUGCGGCAUGGUUGGAGGACAGGUGCCAUUGUUCCAGAACUUGAAACGGAAAUCCGAAUCAUUAAUACAGAACAAUAUAUGCACUCUUUGACUUGGCAGCAGGCUCUUACAGGACUUUUGGAGAGAAUGCAGAUGUAUCAAGAUGCAGAAUCUAGGCAGGUGCUACUGGAAUGGAUGAAAGAACGACAGGAAAUUAGGUCACUUUCGAAGAAUCUUUUUAACCCCCAAUUUGGAAGCAUCUUUCGAACCUUCCACAACCCGACCUACUUUUCUCGAAGACUGAUCCGUUUCUCUGACAUCUACAUGGCAUCCAUCAGUUGCCUGCUGAACUAUGAUGUCAACUUCACCUUCUACCCCCGGCGCACUCCGCUGCAGCAUGAAGCUCCCCUUUGGAUGGACCAGCUCUGCACUGGUUGCAUGAAGACUCCAUUCUUGGAGGAAAUGGUGCACAUCCGGUGAAAGGAUGUGUAUGUCCCACUGCUGCGAUACAGCUGUUGUAUAGGAAGGGCCCAGCAGCUUAGCCUUAGAUUGCAACCUGGUUACAGUGUGUGCCUACUGCUGUCCUUUGCCUCCCAGCACUUCCUAAUAGAUACUCAAGAUGAACGAGUGAAAAGGCUGUGCAAAUUAUGUCUUAGAAAUGCUUCACUGAUAAGAAGUCCAAAGUUGAAUUAGGUUCCUGUGCACUGUCUCCAUAAAGUAGUUCCUUCUACAUAGAUUCUACCCAAAACAUUUGUGUAGAUCCAGAGUUUGUGCACUGUGUAGCCAUGAUCCGAUGAUAUUCUCAGAACUUGUUGAUACUAUAAAGCCCUAUUUGUCCAUGUCUCUACUUUAGAUGUGACUUAGCUGUGAUUAUAUUGGCAAAUAGCUCUGGAUGUUUUCCUACUAAAAUGUGGACACAUUUAUAUUCUUAAGACCUAAGCCAGAAUUACUUUUGGUUCACUAGCACUGAGAUGCACUCUAAAUCCUUGGCAAAAGAAUUUUAAACUUUAAUAACUGCCAGCAGCUCAGAAUGUGCUAGAUUAAGACUUGAUUAGGUUAUAAAUUCAAAGGUGCUAGCUUGUGUAUCUUUGCACAACUGAGCACAGUAUAAUAAACAACAUAUAGCCAAUUCAGUUUUAUGUACAAAUGUAGUGAUCAACAGAGCUUAUUGUGAGCAUGGCCCAGAAGGGCUAAACAAGCAAAGUAUCUCACCUGGCAGAUCAAUGGCUGCUGCUGAGAGCACAGUGAGAUUUCACAAUAGGUAGUGUGCAUUUCUGCUAGAGCGUGGACUGGUCCACAUGUACCACUUGAUUACACUUUGACUUGUAGCACAAUGUGUGACCUGACCAUUGGAAAGCACUGUGUUUGUGGUAACAUCAGCUGAUGUGGUAGCUUUGUAAUGGCUCAACAAUGAACGUCGUUGCUGCACUCGUCACAUGAUGUGCAUGCAUGUUUCAAUCAGCCCUAUUAAAUAUACCAUCCCAUAUAUUUCUAAAAACUACUUUUCACCAUUGUAUAAGUGUAGCUUGAAUUUCAAACCUAUUUCUUAACUUGAGAUCAAAAUAUGGAAACAAAUGGUGUUCUAUUUAAGCAUCUGCUACUUUUUAGCCUGACACAAAUGAAGGACGCAAUCUAUCACCAGCGUGCUGCAAAAGGUGAGCCUAGGGUUCAAUGGCUGAAGCCACGGGUGCUUUCUCCUUUGUGUGAGAUGUAAACCUGGGUCUCUUUCACUGUGCAAUAGGUGGAGCUGCCAUUGAAAGACUACUCAGAAGAAGCAUCAGCUAAUACAAGUGGUGAGUUAUCAAGACCAUGUUAACCGAAGUGUUACAGUGUUUGCACUUGUUCUGCAUAUAAAAAGCCUCAUGUUCAAGCUCUCUGUAUGUUUAGGAAUGUCCCAUCUAAAAUCCUGCAACUGGUCUGACUUGAUAGAAGGCCGUUUCCUAUAUAUUGGCAAAGGCAAACAUUUUGGGCCGAAGCUAGUUUGGCGACACAUCUUUUCUAUAUUUCAUCAUAAUGGAGCCCCCUGACCCUCAACUUAAUACCUGUUUUUGUACCCAGCUACUGCAGAUCAGAAACAUACCAUUUAAUAGAACAUCUUUCUCUGGAAGACUCACCAAAGUCCAUUUGGGCUGGCUCUGAUAAGCGUUGCAGGAGUAUAAAUUAAAAGCUGGGCAGGGGACCUGUGUUUAUUUUUUUAAAUAUUGCAAUCUGAUUGAAUUCUAUACUGGGUUUUGUGCUGGCUAAUUUAGGUAUGGCUAUAAAUAAAUAAAGCUGCUCCAAAUGAUUCCAGCACAGUUUUAAAAAAAUCUAUCAAGAACUA